AAACAAUAAAAAUGAGGUUAAAUGUUAAUCUCAUUGAAAUCUAUAUUUGAAAGUAAAAAAGUUCUCGCAAUAUCAGUUAUCGUAAGAAUUAAGUAGUUUUAAGAUUUUGUUACAUUAUAAAUGGCUCGAGGUAAAUUAAAAUAUAAAGAUGUUGUGGGAAAACAAACUGGACACAGGAAAAAUAUUAAACACCAAAGUAAGAAGCUUAAACCUCGAAAAAAAACCGGUUUACAAAAAAGUGAUAAUAGAAACACCUACAAACGAAAAUUUAAAGGCAAUAUUACAAGUGAAAUUGAAACUAAAAAGCAGAAAAUUGAAGAGCCUGUGGUUGAUAGUUCAUAUAGCGAAUCAGAUUCUGAAAAUGAUAUGAAAAAACUUCUUAAUACUUUUGGCAGUGAUUUAAAUAAUAAAAACUCUUUAGCGAUUGAAAGCAGUGAAAGUGGAACAGAUGAGGACGAUGAUGCAAAUAUUGAUGUUCCUGAAAAAAAAUCUGAAGAUGAUUUAGGAACCUCUGCAAGUGAGAGUGAAGAUAUUGAAUUAGAUGAAGAAAAAAAAGUUGUUCCUAAUGAUUCAAUUGGUAGAGAAGAUGUAGGAGUGCCAGAGAAAGAGAAUUCUGAGGAGAAAUCUGAAGAAGUGGAAAAUGACAUUGAAGAUGCUGAGGAGAUUGACCUAGAAAUACAGGAUGAGGAUGGUGAUAACGAAAAUUUAAAAGAUCCUUUUGUAAAACAUGUCGGAUUUGAUUUACAUGAUAGCCUUUUAGAAUCAGUACAAAACAGUCCAAUGUCUGUUAAUCAUUACAGUAAAUUUUGGCCUAAACUGGGAAAAAUUUUUUUACAAAUUCCAAAAUGUGAUAAAGUUAUCAAUGAACAGAAUGAAUUUAGUAUUUCUGAGAAAAAAGAUUAUGCUCCCCCUGGAGAAGUACCUAAAGAGGUUGAUGUAAAACAUAUAAAACCACAAGAUUUAUAUUUAAAAAGUCAAAUAUGGAAUAACUUACAUACAUCUAACAAAAAUAAUGUAUUAAAUCCUAAAGACAUGUUUACACCUCUGCAAGGAGAAAUUUUUGCCAUUAUAAAUAAUUAUCAGGAUUUAUAUUAUCCUGAACGAACAGUUCAUAAUGCUGAAGAAAUAAGAUAUACUUAUUGUUUACAUGCAGUUAAUCAUAUACUGAAAACUCGUCUCAAAGUAAUUCAUCAUAAUGCCAGAUUGUCUAAAAAAGAUGAAGUUCCAGAACAAUUUCGAGAUCAAGGUUUAGUAAGACCAAAGGUUCUAUUUAUUGUACCAUUUAAAGAUGCAGCUUAUAAAAUUAUUCAGUUAAUAAUAGAUAUUAUCCUACCUAAAGACAGAGGCAGUGUGAUGAAUAAAAAACGAUUUAUCGAAGAUUACACAGGCAAUGAACUUAUCUUGCCAAAAAAGAACCCCAAACCUGAAGACUACGAACACACUUUUAAGGGAAAUACUAGUGAUGAUUUUAAAUUAGGGAUAACUGUAACAAAGAAGAGCUUGAAGCUUUAUGCUAAUUUUUACUCUUCAGACAUAAUCAUAGCAUCUCCUUUGGGACUCAGGACAGUGAUAGGGGCUGAAGGAGAACAAGAACGUGACUAUGACUUCUUGGCAUCGAUAGAAUUAUUAAUAUUAGAUCAGACAGAAAUAUUUUUCAUGCAGAACUGGGAUCACGUUGUACACAUUCUGAGUCACAUGCAUCUACAGCCUAAAGAAUCCCACAAUACCGAUUUCUCUAGAGUGCGAACGUGGAGUUUGAAUGGUUGGGCAAAGUACUACAGACAGACAUUGAUUUUUUCUUCCUUUGUGCUACCAGAGAUAAACGCAAUUUUUAAUAGGAAAUGUUUAAACUACGCAGGAAAAGUUAAAGUGAUAAAUCCGAUUGAAUUUGGCUCUAUAACUCAGGUGUUUGUUCAAAUUCCACAUGUUUUCCAAAGGUUUGACGCUCAGAAUGCCACUGACGCUAUAGAUGCCAGAUUUAACUUUUUUAUAAAUAAAGUAUUGCCACAGCAAAGGGAGGGGUUGAUGAAGCAAACUUUAAUUUUUAUUCCAAAUUAUUUUGAUUAUGUGAGAGUGAGAAAUUACUUCAAGAAGGAAGAUAUUGGAUUUGUUCAAAUAUGUGAAUAUUCAAAGGAAGGUAAAGUUGCCAGAGCAAGGGAUAUGUUUUAUCAUGGAGAUGCACAUUUUUUAUUAUACACCGAGAGAUAUCACUUUUUCAAUAGAAAACGUAUUAAAGGGAUACGACAUCUUGUAUUCUACCAGCUCCCUAUAUUUCCACAUUUCUAUUACGAGAUGUGCAAUUUGAUGCAGGAGGCUAAUGUGAAUAGGAAGAUUGGAAGCAUGUCAAAUAUGACUGUUACCGUCAUUUAUUCAAAGUAUGAUGUUCACCAGUUGUCUGGUGUAGUAAGUACUGAAAGAGCGGCUAAAAUGUCCCAGUCAGACAGAAAAGUUCAUCUAAUGGUUACGGGAGGUGACUAAUUUAGCAUUUUUAGUAAAAUCUAUAAUUUGUUUUGUAUAUGAAAUUAUGAAAUUAUAUAAAAUUAAUAUGCAGCUGUACAUAUUCUGCUUAAUAAUUUUUUUUAAGAAACUAAUUUUUGAGUAUUUAUGUAAAAAA